AUGCCGGCGGUUGCGGAUCUUGCUUGUACGGGGAGCGAUCAGAAUGCGAACAGACAUUGGAUGUCCCAAGCCGCCGACGGCCGCCGUACGAACCAUUCAGGGGGCGCAAGGAAACAAGCCCCGUCUGCGAGGUCACGCCCAUGCGAUACCUGCCGCCUGCGCAAAACACGCUGCGUCAAAGAAUCAAGCCAGCUUCGCUGUGUUCUCUGCACAUUUCAUGACCAGCCCUGCACUUAUGUACGGGGCCCCACGCGUCGACAGCGAAGGACAACCCGAUAUCCCGAAUUUGAAGCUCAAGUCCCAUCGUCCAUAAACUCUCAGACUCAGUUGAGCCUUGGUGAUGAGGUCAGGGCAAUCCAAAUACCAGAAAACGAAACGCCUGACUGUGUACAAACAUCUCCAAUCUCUAGCCAACACACAAAUGCAAGAUCUCCGACAACCAGCGUCGAAAGCAAUGGCACAUCCAACCUUAUCAGCCCAGAGCUUUCAGCCCAAAAGCAACAGUCUCGUUCGAGCACGCCUGCCCCCCGCCCAAGAAUACUGAGCAAUACUCUCGGGCUAGAUCUUGAGACUCAUGCCGAGUACAUAGGUCCAACCGACUACCGUGAUCCUAUACUACUCGACUUGCAUCGUGCCCAUCAAGGACUAGAAAACAACUCCCCAGGUCACCCCGGAAGGACCCUAAUGCGCCGUCUUGAUGAAGGAACCGCCUUCAUUGUUCACACAGAUGGAUCCACUACGUCAGAGUCUCAAUGCAUUGCAGAUCUUGAUGCCAUCGAAGAUGCGAUCCGCCCUCUCGGUCGGACACUGGUAGACCUCUACUUUCGUGUUGUUCACCCAAGCUUUCCCAUAUUACAUAAAGAUGUGUUCAUCAGCAAACACCGCGUAUCGCACCGCCACUUUGCACCAUCUCUGCUCGCCGCAGUCUACCUUGUGGCGCUAGACUGGCAGUUGUACGACAGUUCGCUUGCCGGGCGAGAAAUGGAAUGCAUCCCAAACCCCAGCGCGCUCGAGGAGCUGGCCGAGCGCACAAUGGCUCACGAUAUGCGGCGCCCCAAGCUUAGCACACUGGAGGCCGGGUUGCUGUUGCUCCAGCGUAAUUCUCGAAAUGCCGAGACCAGCUCACACAGUCAUCCGUCUUCCAGCCGCAUGUUCACAGCGCAACUUGUUGCCAUGGCUCAAGAUCUUGGGAUACAUGUGGACUGUAGUUCGUGGGAUAUCCCGGACUGGGAAGUAGGACUACGACGCCGGCUGGCUUGGGCGUUAUACAUGCAAGACCGAUGGGGCGCCUGCGCUCAUGGGCGACCGUUCCUCAUCCAUGACGCGGAUUGGGGUGUGAGACCAUGCACUGACGCUGAUUACCCAGAGCUGGAUGGAGAGGUUACCAUGGACCCAUCUAGCCCUUCUACCACGGCGACGGGCUGGGCACAAUUUUUGCAACACAUUGAAUUGACCAAGUCUCUGAGCGAGGUCAUGGGGACGUUCUACAAUGCAGCUGUGUCACGUUCUGGCUAUGGCGCUACUCAGAUAGGAACAGUCACCCUUGUAGAACUAGCCAAACCUCUUGUCCUGCGUUUGCGAGAGUGGUAUACCAAUUUGCCUCAGCACCUACGUAUGGAAUACGCCAAGGACAGAGAGCUUUGCGCGAAUGGGGCACUGCGUCUGGCUCACAUAUCGGUUGAGAUCGCUCUGCACCGUGCCCUCAUACGGGCAAUAACACCAGAUACACCCGAGCCCCUUCACUACGCUCUCCGUUCAACGGCUCGUGCCAAGGUCCAAGAUGCCAUAUCUUUACUCAAAUCGCUGCAGCCCGAGCAAACAGCGGCCUUCUGGGGCAGUGCCGCUUCCUACCAGGUAGCCCAGGUUGGCUCACUGACUGCGUUGAUGUGGGCUACAGCAAGUACCCCUGAGGAGGUGGCCUGGUGCGUAUCACGAGUUGAGGACUUGAGAUGGGCCCUUCGAGUCAGGGCUUCUGCCGCGCCGUUUGCGCGAGAGGCAUUGAGGCUCAUUGAGCGGGAUGUUGGUGGCCUAGGCAUUGUUGCAGUUGCACCUGACUACGGUGGCAAGCGCGUAGAGAGCCAACGCUAA